UUGGGUUUAAGUACUAUUUUAAAAAAACAAAAAAAAAUAUUACCGUUGUCCAAUGCGAAUAGUACCGUGUGUUUUAUCUCGGUUUUUGUUGGGCAACAACAAACAUGAUAAGAACCUUGUGUGUUUGUUAUAGAGUAAUAAUAUAAGUACUUUAUGGCGUAUUGGCGCGUGUGUGUGUGUUAUCAAUAUUGACAACAUUUAUCAUUUCGUUACCCGCCGUGUGCUCGCGUCCCGCACUGGUGUACUGAAACUAUUUUUAAGACUACCUACGCAUUGGAUUUCUUACGUUGUUUUAAAUUUUUUCGUUGUAUUCCAAUAAUUGACGAUGAUCAAGAGGUUUGCAGCGAGCACUCUGUAUGCGAUCCGCCUGCCGAUUAACUGGCAACCGGCGUCUAAUGUUUGCCUUUGUCGGUCGUUAGAAUUCAAGAAAAGUAGAUCGGAGAUUGACAAUGAAGGUGCUCUGAAAAAGAUUAGACCCAAAACGGUACCACUGCCGAAAAUUACACUGUUGGGUCUAGAAAAAGAUGUAUCUGUAGUCACUAUGGAUGUAGCAUCCAAGAUGUGUGAAAGACGGGGCCUGAAAUUGGUAAAAAUUAUUGAUAUUGAUACUAAAACACAGCGGCCUGUUUACCAAAUGAUGACAGCUAAUCAGUUCCUCAAAGAGGAUCAUAAAAGUCAUCAGAAAAAGGAUGAGAAAAAUCAAAAUCAACUCAAAGGGGAAAAAACAGUACUGAUAAAUUGUCGUAUAGGACAAAGUGAUUUAGAAUCAAAAGUAAAUAACAUCCGUAAAUGGCUAUCUAAAAUGCACGAAGUAAGGGUGUCAGUCACUGGUGAUACAGCUAAUCAGGUUGCUGAUGAAGUCAUCAAAAUGACUCAGGAGUAUUCAAGAAUUGUUCAAAGACGAGAAAAAGGAGAUACUGUGAAAUUUCAGUUAUUACCUCCAAAAAAAUCUUGAUUCACAUUUUAGCUGUACCACUUACAGAUGAUUUUUUUUUUAAUUUUAGAAUAUUUAAAUUUAAAUUAAUUGUAAUUAUUUUAUUGAGUUUAUAAAUGUUUACAAAUAAAAACUAUUUUACUUAA